UUCUGUCUGCACUUCAAUCCCUUGAGGCUUAACAAAAACUCAAAUGAAUAUUUAAGCCUCGAGGUUCAGAGCUUCCCAAUCUUGUGCAAAUUCAAAUUCAGUUUUCUUUCAUUGUUUUGUUAACUUUAGGUUUGUUAUUUGAAGGUGUAUUUCAAUUAAAAUAUUUGUCAUCAUAAAGUUUGUUCAAAACAAAGUCUUUGUUUGAAACAUUAUUCAGACACCACAAAGAAUAACGAUUUUGAAGCUCAAUUAGGUUUACAAAAGAUGAAUUUAGUGUAAACCCAGAAUUUAGGUUCACUCUAUUUAUAUCUUGAUGGUAUCAAAGAGAAUUAUUCAUUCCCUUUUCAAGUCUUCUGAUUGUCUAUGCAAGGAAAUUUGGCAUUUUGGAUAUCGGAAACCAAUUAGAUUGAAGAACUGUACUUUUACUAGUUGUGCAAGUAUAAGUUCACUGGUUCUUGAUGAUUGUUCAGAUGAAGAAAAUGAAUAUUAUCCAUCUAUUGUUCAUCCACGAGUAACGAAAAAUGAUGGGUAUUUCGAUCAUACUUACUAUUUAAGCUUGCUAGGGAGUUGCUUGAGUGAAGGGUCAAUUGUAGAUGCCAAGAAACUACAUGGGAAAUUGUUGACAUUGGGAUUUGGAGCUGAUUAUUGGAUUGGUGCUAGGUUUCUUGAUAUUUAUGUUGCUUGUGGAGAUUUAUCUAGUGCAUUGCAAAUAUUUGAUAAUUUACCAAGUGGGAUUAGAAAUGUGUCUUGCUGGAAUAGGUUGUUGUCUGGUUUUUCACGGAUGAAAAGAAGUGACGCAGUUAUCAAUUUGUUUUCUCGAAUGAUAAGAGAAGAUGUUAAUCCAGAUGAGUGCACAUUUUCCGAAGUUCUGCAAGCCUGCAGUGACAACAAGGUUGCAUUUAGUUUCCAGGGUGUUGAACAGAUUCAUGCUUUGACUGUGCGCUAUGGUCUUGGCUUGCAGCUCAUUGUUUCUAACCGUUUGAUUGAUUUGUAUUCUAAAAAUGGAUUUGUAGAUUCUAGUAAGAAAGUCUUUGAGGAUAUGGUGGUAAGAGAUAGUUCCUCUUGGGUGGCUAUGUUAUCUGGUUUUUGUAAGAACAAACGAGAAGAAGAUGCUAUUCUCCUAUAUAAGGAUAUGCGUAAAUUUGGAGUAAUUCCUACUCCAUAUGUUUUCUCGAGUGUAAUAAGUGCAUCCACAAAGAUUGAAGCAUUUAACUUGGGAGAACAGCUCCAUGCUAGUAUCUAUAAGUGGGGAUUUUUAUCUAAUGUUUUUGUUAGUAAUGCCCUCGUUACAUUGUAUUCUCGCUGUGGAUACUUAACAUUGGCAGAAAAAGUAUUUGUUGAAAUGCCGCAGAAGGAUGGAGUUACCUAUAAUUCCCUAAUCUCUGGUCUCUCUUUGAAAGGAUUCAGUGACAAGGCUCUACAGUUAUUCGAGAAAAUGCAGUUAAGUUCGUUGAAACCUGACUGUGUUACAAUUGCAAGCCUCUUGGGUGCUUGUGCAUCAUUAGGAGCACUUCAGAAGGGAAGACAACUGCAUUCUUAUGCAACAAAGGCAGGUCUAUGCUCAGAUAGCAUAAUUGAAGGUUCUUUACUUGACCUUUAUGUUAAGUGUUCUGACCUUGAAACAGCCCAUAAAUUUUUCCUCGGAAGCCAGAUGGAAAACAUUGUUCUUUGGAAUGUGAUGCUCGUGGGUUAUGGGCAGAUGGGUGAUUUGGAUGAAUCGUUCCAAAUCUUUUCACAGAUGCAGUUUAAAGGGCUACAACCAAAUCAAUACACAUACCCCAGUAUAUUGAGAACUUGUACAUCUGUUGGCGCUCUAUAUCUUGGAGAACAAAUACAUAGCCAAGUAUUAAAAACUGGUUUUUGGCAGAAUGUUUACGUGUGUAGUGUGCUUAUAGAUAUGUAUGCCAAGCAUGAAAAAUUGGAUGCAGCAGAGAAAAUCUUUUGGCGUCUAAAUGAGGAAGAUGUUGUAUCUUGGACAUCUAUGAUUGCUGGAUAUGCUCAGCAUGACUUCUUUGUUGAAGCUCUAAAACUUUUUAGAAAAAUGCAAGACCGAGGUAUUCGAUCUGAUAACAUAGGAUUUGCAAGUGCAAUCAGUGCAUGUGCCGGCAUUCAAGCACUCAAUCAAGGGAGACAAAUCCAUGCCCAGUCAGUGGUGUCAGGCUACUCAUUAGAUCAUUCAAUAGGCAAUGCAUUGAUUUUUCUUUAUGCUAGAUGCAGUGGAAUACAAGAUGCAUAUGCAGCAUUUGACAAAAUUGAUAAAAAAGAUAUUAUUUCGUGGAAUGGCUUGGUAUCAGGAUUUGCCCAAAGUGGAUUUUGUGAAGAAGCAUUGAAAGUGUUCUCUAGAAUGCACGGAGAUGGAGUGGAAGCUAACAUGUUCACAUAUGGAUCUGCUGUUAGUGCCGCUGCUAAUACCACUAAUAUUAAACAGGGGAAGCAGAUUCAUGCUAGAAUAAUAAAGACUGGUGAUAAUGCCGAAACAGAAGCUUCCAAUGUCCUGAUCACAUUGUAUGCAAAGUGUGGAAGCCUUGUGGAUGCCAGGAAAGAGUUCCUUGAAAUGCAAAAUAAAAAUGAUGUGUCGUGGAAUGCCAUGAUAACAGGCUAUUCUCAACAUGGGUGUGGCAAUGAAGCUAUAGAACUGUUUGAGGAGAUGAGACAUCUUGGUGUGAAGCCGAACCAUGUCACCUAUUUGGGUGUUUUAUCAGCCUGUAGCCAUGUGGGUUUAGUGGACAAGGGGCUUUGCUAUUUCAAUUCCAUGAGUAAAGAUUAUGGUUUAAUGCCAAAACUAGAACAUUAUGCGUCUGUUGUAGACAUUUUAGGACGAGCUGGUCAUUUGCCGCGUGCAAUGAAGUUUGUGGAGACUAUGCCAAUAGAACCUGAUGCAAUGGUUUGGAGGACCCUCCUAAGUGCUUGCAUAGUUCACAAGAACAUUGAAAUAGGGGAACAGACAGGCCACCGCCUCUUACAAUUGGAGCCUCAAGACUCAGCAACUUAUGUUUUACUAUCAAACCUAUAUGCAGUUCUUGGAAGAUGGGAUUCUCGAAACCAGACAAGGCUGCUGAUGAAAGACAGAGGUGUCAAGAAAGAGCCAGGUCGUAGCUGGAUUGAAGUCAAAAACACCAUACAUGCAUUUUUUGUUGGAGAUAGACUCCAUCCACUAGCAAAUCGUAUCUAUGACUUUGUGGAGGACCUAAAUAAACAGGUAGUUAUGAUUGGUUAUGUUCAAGACAAUAAUAGUCUUUGGAGUGAUUUGGAGUUGGGACAAAAAGAUCCAACUGCUUAUAUUCACAGUGAAAAGUUAGCUAUUGCAUUUGGACUUCUAAGCUUGCCUGAAAUGAUUCCCAUACGAGUGAUGAAGAAUCUCCGCGUCUGCAAUGACUGCCACAAUUGGAUAAAGUGUGUGUCGAAGGUUGCAGAUCGAGCCAUUGUUGUACGGGAUGCAUACAGAUUUCAUCAUUUUGCAGAUGGUGAAUGUUCCUGCAAUGAUUUUUGGUAAUUGGAACUGUUGAAGGGUUGCUGUGUGGUGAAGAGGGUUUUGAAAAGAGAUGACAUGGUAAACUGCCAGUGGUUGAGAUUGAUGCUCUGGAUACCUUUAUCAAUAGAGUGCACUAGUUCCAAACAACUGGACCAAAAGCUGUUUCAUGCGUCCUCCCUGGUGAUAGCUGUCGAUUUUCUUCAGUCAAUGUCAUAGUAAACAAAUUUGCAGAGCAUCCAGAUAAAAGUGAAAAACCAAAGGAUCAGAAGAGUAAGCUGAGGUGAUGUUCAAAAUUAUGAGCCUCAAGGUAAAAGGACCAUCGGGCGAUGUACCUGAGCGGGUUAGUACAUUAUGUUACCAUUGUUGGUACCUUCACGGUGUAUUUUUUCUCAAGGACGGUUGUUUCUUGGCAAGCUUGCACCACCUAGAUUACUCCACCAGCCAGGUACAUGCUACCUCCCAACAACACAUGUACCAAGUAACUCUGACCUCCGAGGCUUAAGUAGAUGGAUUUUGACAAACAGAAACUUACAGUCGCUGGAGGCAGAUGUUGAUGUUGAGGCUCGCAAGAAAAAUGUGGAGGAUGCAGCUACAAAGAUUAAUGGUGAAGAACCCGUCAUAUAUGGAUGGGUGAGCUACCAUUUUUUACAUGCAGAGCUAACCUUCGACCACACACUUCCACUUGUGGAAUCACCCUUUCGCUGAAACCAAACAAUUGCUUCAAGUCAUCCGUCCAGGAGAGAAGGGGAGGGAGUAUUUGUGAAAUUUUGAAGUGAAGAGAAAAGAGAAAGAUGUGAAUGUCGUUAUUUUUUAGACUUUGCACAUACUAUAAGGCAUAUUUAUAUGUAUUUGCCUUGUGUUUUAAAUCCUUUCCUACCUCACAAGAGGGAUAUCUAGUUGCCAAAUUCACUGUUUUCCAACAUUGGCUUUGAUUAGGAA